CCAUAAUUCCUGUACACUGCUGUCCGUAUCCUUGACUUUUCCUCAAGAAAGAGAUCCGAGCCUUUCCAGGCGACUGGAGCAGAUCGUAGUGAUCCCUCUCUCCCCCUCUGCCCAGCUACGGAGCUUCAAGAGCAUCACGGCUUUCCGUGCCCGCGACCAAGCUUUAACAUUUCAGCGCUCGCCAAGCUCUGAGAUCCCCACAGGGUAGACCAUCUCACAAGUUCGAUGCCCCCUCGCGCCAAGAAAGCUCCGCGAGCGCUGUCAGAGGAGGAAGAUGCAAGCGAUAGCCCAACCGGUGGUCCUGCCGGUCCGUCCUCAGCCGGCGCAUCCGUCCCGACCGACCCGCAUACGCCAGCUCGAAGUAGCGGGCGACCAAGACGAAGUGCUGCCAAGGCAAUAGACUAUUCUGCUCUCCUUGCACCUGGAGAUGAGAAUGGAGACGACGAUGACGAAAAUGCUGAACCUGAGCAGGAGAGUGAGGAGGAGAGCGAUGAUAGUCUCGGAAGUAGCGUGCAUGCUUCUCCCCCUGCCAAGGGCAAGGGCCGGGGUGCAGCCAGAGGGUCGGGUGGGCGUAAGGCUGCACGCCUCGAAAUGAUGGAUCUGGAUGAUGAUGACAACGACGCAGAUGUGACUGGCGAGGACUCGGAAGAGGAGCACACCGCUCGACGCUCUGCAUUGAAAGGCAAGAAGAAGGCCACCGCGACGUUCAGCAAGGCUCCGGCUUCGUCUCCAGCCAUCAAGAGUAGACGCGGUCCCAGGCCCUCUGCGGCCAAGCAAAGCAAAGGUCACUACGCCCACCACGAUGUUCGACCUCUCUACCUCCCUGGUCCCUCCGGCUCGGGCCUGCUGCAGAUAGACGAGAUCCUGCCCUUGGACCAGAUUGGCAAACGAGCACCUAGACUACGCCAAUUGAAGACUAUCGAGGCGCAAGAGGAACGCGUGAGGAGGCAUCGUGUCUGCUGGGGCGGCAAUGAUCACUAUAUGCGCGUCAACGAUGAGACUAUGGCUGGGACUGAUUGGGCGUGGUUCCCUGGUAAGGACACAGACCUGCAAUCGGAAAGAAGGCAGCGUCAGAAAGUGAAAGAAUACUGGGAGAAGAGGCGCGCAGACGAGGCGAUUGGGGAGCAGGAGCUGCAGGAGAUACAAAGAGUCGGGGGGAUUGUGUUACUUGAUCAGAAGAGUCACUUGAAGGUUUUGACGCAUGCGGAAAGCCAAGCGUACCGCCCACCUCAGGUCGACCUGUCCUCGCAGCUGCCGCCGCCAAGUGAACUUCCGAAAUCUAUCGAGGAAUUUACUGAGCGAGGGCCCUCGUGUUCUUCCGCUGACGGCAAUAUCAAGGUAGCGAUGGGAGUCAAGACGAAUGAUGCGGAAGGGACGAGCAAGCAAAGGACCUUUGAAUUGGAGAGCAGGCAGGCCAAGAGUUUACAAGACUGUGGCCUGACUCUGGGACCCGCGGGAUACAUUAUCAAUGCGGGAUCUUUCGUCCCCUCCUUCGAUUGGGCUCCUCGUCCACCGCACGGGCCGCUCGGACCAGAAUAUCUGGCUGUAGCAGUUAGUCUUACCAGCGCACCUGCUGCCGUCCCUGACACUCCACUCGCUGCUAUCAGCGAAGAGAAGGGAGGCGUGCAAAUCUGGUCCAUCGGCAGCAGCAACAGCGACGCGGAGUCAGCUCAGCCACAAACUCGUCCUAGUAGCCCUCUAUGUCGCAUGGAGUACCAGCUCUGUAUACCCAAGGGCGAAGUGAAGCAAGUCAAAUGGUCACCUUGUGGGGCUGAUCUGAGAGAUGAGACAGACUGGCAAAGGGAGAACACAGACAUCCCUCCGCCGAGAAUUGGCCUACUGGCCUGUGUGAUGAGCACGCAGAAGGUGGCAAUCUUCGCUCUACCUACACCAGAGGCUGUAAGGCAAAGCCACAAAGCCAAAGGAAAGGAGGCUGGCACUGCUUCAGAACCUCACAUCGAGCUCUCUCCCAUCUUGGAACUCCCAAUCUAUGGACGCAAUCGCCAAGCCAUCUGUCUCGACUGGGCUGGCGGCGAGCGACUCGUUGCAGGCUGCUCAGAUGGGACGCUCAUCUGCUGGCCAAUCGGCGCAAUCUUGCGCUCUCUCACUCCCACUACUAAGACAUCUCCCGCGCCCGCGCCCACGCCUUCCCUCUUGCCCUCCCACUCACUGCAGGUGCACGAGUGCGCCAUCCUGUCUCUCUCGUUCCUUCAGCUGCCACCUCGGUCAGCAAGGGACCCAGGCGAGGCAAGCGCGGAGAAUGGACACGAUCAGGAAUCGUACGAUCAUGACGGACUUCCACAUACCAUCUUGAGCACCGCGCUCGAUGGGAGUCUCAAGAUCGUAAAUCUGGAUCUCGUGGAUCUGGUGGGCGAUUUGCCGUCUCGAAGAGAACCUGGAUACAGCACCUCCUUCCUUCCCUUCCUUGGGAUUUGGCUGGGCGAGAGAGGUGAUAAUACCGUGCGACUAGUGAAUCCCAAACCUAGCCUGUACGGCAGGAGUCAUCUGGUCGCAUCGCAUGAUGGAAGAUGCACAACUGUCGACGGCUCCCCUUUCCACCCCAUGAUCGCUUCUGGUGGGGCAGACGGGGCGGUGAAGCUGACGAAUGCGGUCAAGAACAUCGUGCGAGAUCCGAACAAGUAUCAAUGGCCGCUCUACCGCCUCGACCUCAAUCGAUUCACAGGCGAGGUGAGGUACGUGGACAACAUUCUUCCUUCACCCUUUAUCUUUCGCGCUCCAGCCACUGCCGCCCCUCCCUCUUCCUCGGAUGCUGCCCCCUCCUCGAGUUCUGCGAACCAGACGGGUAUCAACACAGGUGCCUGGCACCCUUCGAUACGGAUCACCUGUGUGCGGUGGAAUCCCAAUGUGUCUGGACCAGUGCUGCUGGCGAGCGCGAGCGCAAUGGGUCUUGUGAGGGUGGAGAUGGUGUGUGCGUAUGAUGCUGCUAAGCUCGAGGUGGUGGACGACGGGGUAGAGGGAGAAAGGCAGGGUGACGCGAUGGAAGAGUAGUCGCAUGGGCGGACUCAUAAGCCGAGGUGUGCUUCCCUGUACCAAUAUUUUGGCAUCUUCCCUUUCCCAAGAGCAAAGCAAAUGGAAGAUCU